ACCAGAUAAACGAAAAGUUGUUGAAGCAUCUUAUUUAUUGGAUCGUGGCAGGUCUGGGGCUUGAUAUUUAUUUAUCACAUCACAAUUUGCAUGUUCACAACCAGAAUAAAAUGCAAAAAGGUGAGAACUCAGCUUUAAAAAUGUGUAUUUAUUGAUAUAGAACAAAGCCAAAAAAAGAAGAAAUCCUGCAAAAACUCUUUAAAAGUUGCUGUUUUCCCAAACAACAAAGCGCUGCAGUGCCGUCAAUAAAAACAAACCAAAUCCCACCAAAGGUCGCUUCUCCAUCCUCACAAACAGCUACUUUUAUGAUGCUCCAAGUCUUUUGUAAAAGGUUUAAAUCGUUUGACCUCUGCUCCCAAACUAAUCCUCCGUCUUGGCAGAUUUAGCUCAGGAUUUAUCUGUCAGGAUAUCAUGUGUGGCUUCGCUUUGCUCUGAGUUGCAUUCUUGACCGAAAUGGCCAGAAAAACCACGCGAGGGCAGCGAGCCCUUCCCACCAUGUCCAGCCAAGACACAGCAGAUUUUCCAGCCCCGAAACGAAAAAAGAAGAAGCCAAGAAAAGACGCAAAUGGAGAAGGAGACGUGGAAGAUCAGGAAAUGGAGAUGGGAGGGCUCGGCAGCCGGAGGGCGUCUGAGGUCGGAGAUCACCUGACACUCGAAGCCACAACAGAUGCUCCAACGCAGAGGAAACGGAAGAAGAAGAAAGCCACGUCCACAGAUCUGGAAGACAACCAAGCCGACCUGGUCAACGGAGACACCGGAGAUCAGACCACCGACGGGGAAGAAGUGGUGAAGAAAACCAAAAAGAAAAAGAAGUCGAAGGUGGCAGACUCGCCGCUUCCCGACGAGUUUUGCGUCGAAGAGGACGACAUCAUCAACGACAGCUGCUCGCCGAUCCCCCAGCAGGCCCUGUUCUCAGCGCCGCAGGGCCAGAGCCAGCCGGUCGGGAAGCUGUUUGUAGAGAGAACCAAGCGGUUCCAGGCCGCCGAGCGUUCUGACUGGAGGACGACGGCCGAGCAGAUGGACGGCGUGGCCGAGCUGCAGCACAUGCCGCCGCUCUGGACCACCAGAGACGUUUCUGUCCGAGUGCAUGAAGGCUUCAGGGUGUUUGGUCUGUUCUGUCACGGCUUCCUGGCCGGCUACGCCGUGUGGAACGUGGUGGUGGUCUACAUGCUGGCCGGCCAACACCUCACCGCUCUACGCAACUUGCUGGAGCAGUACCACGGCCUGGCCUACCCCUCACAGGCCCUGCUCUACAUGCUGCUGGCCAUCUGCACCGUGGCCUCCUUUGACAGGGUGAACCUGGCUAAAGGUCCGGUGGCUCUGCGGCAGUUCAUCACUCUGGAUCCAGUGGCUCUGGCUUCGUUCUGUAAAUCCACAUCCGUUCAGAGAUUAUUGAUCCCUGUUGUUUCUGUUUGCUUUAAUCCCACACUCUGUGUUUUUUUUCCCCACUCAGUGUAUUUCUCUGCUUUGAUUCUUUCUCUGAGUCAGCAGAUGACCAGUGAUCGGAUCAACCUCUAUGCGUCCUCCAACACAACGAUAUGGCCUCAGGGGUCGGAGCACCAGAUCCUCCACCCGUGGGUGACCAUCAACCUGGUGGUGGCUCUGCUGGUGGGCUUGGCGUGGAUCUUUAUUGCCACCAGGCCGGAGACGGACUACACCGAGGGUUAUCUGAGGGCGAUGGAGGUUGAGCCGGCAAGGCCAGAGGACAAAUCAGAAAUUACCAGCUGAAAAAAAAAAAAUAGGAGCAACUGUUAAUCUCUUCUGCUGCAGCUUUGUUGACAUCUCUGAUUGUAUUAGAGAUUAUUAUUUUUUGUAUUUUCAAAUGUGCUUGUCUCUUAAAAUAUAGAGUUUAAAGUA